AUGCGAGGAUGAAACGCGAGCUUAGAUUCUAGCCUACAUUCGAUCUAUGCUCAUUAGUCAAUUAGGGCCUUAUCAAAUGUACCGCGUGCUUCGCUGCGUGUGGCGCGCGCGCACCCGCCGCGGAAAGGAGCGCGGGGCGGGGGCGGCGUGCGCGCGCAUGCGGCGGCCAUUAGUAGCACGCGCUUGUGACGUGCACGCGUGCGUCAAUAAAGACGGGGUGUGCAGAGACACAUCGCGAUACUGCGAGAAUGUGCGCGCCAUGAACAUGUGUGCCCUCCGGCGCUACAAGGAGCAAUGUUGCAAAACUUGCACGGAAUAAAACUACCCGCAAUGAACUCUAAGUCAAAGGUGCAAGGGUGAGUUUGCAAUACAUUCCGUGGUAAGACGCAAGGGAAAAUGGACUGUUAAGGAAUUGCAAUUGAGUUUUGUGCGGCAUGACGUGAUAUAGUGUUCAAGUGAUCUGGAGUGUCUGAUGAUUUUAAAUUCGGAUUGGGAUCGUUUAUUAUAAGGUGAGUUUAUACUAGAGCGUUUCUAUGUAAUGUGAUCUUACGAAUGGUACUAUACAGAUAAAUGGUAUGGUGGUGAAACGGUGACACUGAAACUGAUACUAGAACAUUUUCAUACAGCGGCUCAUUGUUCUGUUACAAAUAAAUGCUCUAGUCUACAUUCACCUUUAUGUUUGACGUGAUAUAAUUCAGUAGCAAAAGUUUGAAUUUGAAACUUAAAUAAAACUAGAUAGAGGCUAUUUUUGAAUGGGAACCAUAAACGAUUCCAAUAAAGAUCUGAGGAUUAGAUUAAUAAUUUCAUUGUUUUAUGUUUGUGUUGAAAUUUAUGGAAAUAGAUCAAUAUUUUCUAGACUUCAUUUUUUUUUCAGUCGAAGUAUCAAGUUUGAUCGUGAAUGAGACAUUUAAAAUUAAAACUAAUCGCACCAUAGUUUUUAAGUAACUUUUUUGUUUAAAUUGACUCAAACGCUACUGUAAGCUUUUUGUUUGUUUUUAUUUCAAAACUUUAUUAAUCUGUUUCCAUUGAUUAUUCCGCAUUUUUCAUUCCAUCUAAACUUUAUUUAAUUUUUACACUAAACAAAAUAUUUUUACUAUAAAGAGGUGUGUGUGUAUCUGUGAGUGUUUUGUUUAAUAUUUAAGAAAAACAAAUCGAUUGAGUGUGAACACCUCCUAACUGACAUAAAGGUUAUAUUGGAAUUUGAAUUUUAAUCAUUGUGUAUUAAGAUUCAACAUGGUAGACAAUGUUAGAUAGGAGGUAUUCAUAUUAUUAUAAAACUAGCUCUAGUCGUUACACAUAAUGUAAAAGGGACCUACGAUAUAAAGGUCAUACAAAUGGAAAAGAAAAUAAUAUUUAACACCGCAAAAUAUGGAAAUUGUCCUCGAAUUGAUUUAAAUAUAAGUAGGAAUCAAAAUAUUUAGUAAAAUGUUUUGUACUAUACACUAAAGUUAUAAAUAUAUAUUGUAAAUAAAAUAUUAUUAUAAUAUAACAAAUUGUGCACAGUGCGCUCUGCUUAGUUUUAUAAUAUGUAACUUAAAUUAAAGAGUUUGCACAGAUUAUAGUUAAAUGCAAUGAAUGUAUAGAAGUUGUAGUGAAAUUGCCAAAAAUGCAAACUAAGUGAAAAUGUAAACUUAUUCGAAUAACGCGAAUCUAAAUUAUACAUAAUUAUAAUUGUCAAUUUAGUAAAA